GAGGAGAGUGCGCUACGGGCCCCUGGUUGUAGAUAAUUCGCUUGAGCGGUUUGGUUUGGCGCGGUGGUGGCGAGUUGGCGAGCUUGAGGAAAGCUCAGUGCGCGGGUAGUGACUCGGGCCGGCGCACGGCGCUCGCGCAGCUCACGCCGACACACCGUGACAUGUGCCGACUAUGGACUUGUGGAGCGGCCGCCCGCCCGCUUGCGCCGCAUCCCCGCCCUUGACGAUCGAGGGCGAAGGGUUCGCACUCACUUUCUUUGAUAAGGACGGCGCCACCCCCCCUCCGCCACCAAAACAAGUGGGCAGGUACGCCGCCGACAGCGCCAGCGCGGGCAGCGGGAAGGCGGCGGCGCCGUGCAAGGUGUGCGGCGACAAGGCCUCGGGCUACCACUACGGCGUCACCUCCUGCGAGGGCUGCAAGGGUUUCUUCAGACGGAGUAUUCAAAAGCAAAUAGAAUACCGCUGCCUGCGGGACGGCAAGUGCCUGGUGAUCCGGCUCAACCGGAACCGCUGCCAGUACUGCCGCUUCAAGAAGUGCCUAGCCGUCGGAAUGAGCCGAGACUCUGUGAGGUACGGCAGAGUACCGAAAAGGCCCAGGGAAGUGGUAAGCACCGAUAGCAUGCCCGACUUGAGCAGAAAUCUGCCCGCGUCGGGGGUCGUUCCCAUCGCGGGUCUAGAGGAGAUGGACGGGGACAGCCUGCGGCACGGCGUGGCCAAGGAGCUGGCCAAAAUGGUGACCGCCGCGCACCGCACCAACAACUCCUACACCGAGGAACUGCGCCACUCGCUCACGCCACGGGCCAUCUUGCUACACGUCGACGACUCCGACAACGAAGGCAACGGCGGCGAGGAGGCGGCGUCGUCGACGACGGACCGCGCGACGGACGCGCGCGCCGCGCUGUGGCAGCACGUGGCGCUGCGCAUGACGCCCGCCGUGCAGCAGGUCGUCGAGUUCGCCAAGCGCCUGCCCGGCUUCCAUACGCUGCCGCAGGACGACCAGCUCAUCCUAAUCAAGCUGGGGUUCUUCGAGGUGUGGCUGUCGAGGGUGACCCGGUUGUCGACCCCAGAUUGUAUCGUGUUCGACGACGGCACUACCAUUACUCAGAGCCAACUGGAUAUAGUAUAUGACAUGGCGUUCUCAACGGGCGCGCUGCGGUACGUGCGCGACGUGUCGGCGGUGCAGCUGACGGAUGAGGAGCUGGCGCUGUUCACGGGCGCGCUGCUGCUCAACCCCGCGCGCCCCGGCCUCAGCGAGCCCGAGCGAGUCAGCGCGCUGCACCGCGCGCUAGCGGACGCACUACACCACACCGUGACGGGAUCGGUCGGGGGCAACGCGCGAGCCGAGGCGCUGGGCGCGGCCACGCGCGACGUGCAGGCGCUAGGGCUGCGGCACCACGAGCUGCUGGCGUGGUGCCGCGCGCACUGGCCGCGCCUCGUGCUGCCCGCGCUCUUCUCCGAGAUCUUCGACAUCCCCAAGAGCGAGGACGACGAGGCAGGCGACGUCGAUCGCGCCGAGGCGACCGCGCCCGCCGCCGCCGCCGCCUCGCCGCCCGCCGGACAAGGCACCGCCUCGGUCACGCAAUUACAGGGUUGAACAUUGAUCACCAUCCGAAUGAACGACUUUACAUUACG